CGUUUGUGUGUGAGGUGAAUGUGCAUGAAUUCUGUUUAUGAAUUUAAGCUCUGGUCGGAAACUGAACUCAUAAAUCGUUUCUCUGAUUUUCUUGUCUUUUCUAUUUCCUUUCUUUGUGUUUUUUGUUUUUUCUUUGGCUAUAUUUAGAUAUUUUUGGUUGAGCGAAGCAAAAAUAGUUUUUCAGUUUGCGGAUUAAACUCACGCGGGCGAGACUAAGGAAAUAAACUACCAAAUCCAAUACAGCAGUACAUUUCGUAAUUCGGAUCCGACGUAGAAGAGAAUUGGACAAAUGAGCGGCAGCGCGGGAAGCUCAGGGCGGUCGGCCGGCGGAGAGAGGGAGAAGAAGAAGGAGAAGGCGCGGGUGAGCAGGACGUCUCAAAUUCUGUGGCACGCGCACCAGAACGACGUGGCGGCGGUGAGGAAGCUACUGGAGGAGGAUCGUUCGCUGGUGAAAGCGAGAGACUAUGAUAAUCGGACUCCGCUCCACGUGGCGGCGCUGCACGGCUGGAUCGACGUCGCUAAAUGUCUUCUGGAGUACGAUGCGGACGUUAACGCUCAAGAUCGAUGGAAAAACACCCCUUUAGCUGAUGCUGAAGGAGCAAGAAGAUCUCCCAUGAUUGAAUUAUUGAAGUCACAUGGUGGGCUGUCUUAUGGCCAGAAUGGAAGUCAUUUUGAACAGCGGCCUCUUCCACCCCCUCUUCCAAAUAAGUGUGACUGGGAGAUUGACCCUAAUGAACUCGACUUCUCAGGCUCAACUCUGAUAGGGAAGGGGUCAUUUGGUGAGAUACUAAGAGCUUGCUGGCGGGGAACACCUGUUGCUAUCAAACGAAUCCUCCCAAACCUUUCAGACGAUAAAUUGGUGGUUCAGGACUUCAGGCAUGAGGUCAAUUUGCUUGUGAAGCUUCGUCAUCCAAAUAUUGUACAAUUUCUAGGAGCUGUCACUGAAAAGAAGCCCUUAAUGUUAAUUACAGAGUACUUGAGAGGGGGUGAUCUACAUCAGCAUCUCAAGGAAAAAGGUGCACUGAGUCCAUCAACUGCAAUCAGUUUUGCUCUAGAUAUUGCCAGAGGCAUGGCUUAUCUCCACAGUGAGCCAAAUGUCGUAAUACACAGAGAUCUCAAACCAAGGAAUGUUCUCCUUGUCAACACAAGUGCAGACCAUUUAAAAGUAGGAGAUUUUGGAUUAAGCAAGCUCAUUAGGGCACAACAACAUUCUCAUGAUGUGUACAAACUGACUGGCGAGACUGGAAGCUACCGUUAUAUGGCACCUGAAGUCUUCAAGCACCGGAAAUACGACAAGAAGGUUGAUGUUUUCUCUUUUGCAAUGAUAUUAUACGAGAUGCUUGAAGGUGAACCACCAAUGUCAAACUGCGAACCAUAUGAAGCUGCAAAAUAUGUGGCUGAAGGACAUAGACCAAUGUUUAGGGCAAAAGGGUACACUCCGGAAUUGAGAGAGUUAACCGAUCAGUGCUGGUCGCCUGACAUGAACAACAGACCUCCUUUCUUGGAGAUUCUGAAGAGACUUGAGAAAAUCAAGGAAACGCUACCAUCUGAUCAUCACUGGCACAUAUUUGCAUCGUAAUCCAGGACAAGUUGUCAAAAAUCAUGAUCUUUAUGUCACAUCUAAAGUCUUGACUUCGUCGCUGCUGUAAGUACUGGUGCUGAGAUGAACUGUCAAUAGACUCCAUCAGUGGAGGUUGGCAAGAAUGCGUGCUCUUAGAUUUAGGUUCCUCCAUUACUACAGUUUUAGUAAUUGCCAAAGUCUUAACAUUUCCAAGUUGUCUAUAUUCCCCGGCUUUGUCUCUUAUUUAAUUUUUUUGACAAUGGUUGUAAUCUGUUUGUAGCUGGAAGUAAGAAACAACUGAUAUCAAAUUCAGAUUUGUAAACUGUAUCUAAAUACCUCUCAUUUGAUUCAAUAUCUGUGUAGGAUAUUGUAUGCUGUUUAGGGCAGCCCAAGCAUCCUAUAUCUUGGCAAAUGAAUUGUUGAAUUGUAUGUAAUCAAAGAAGCGAAGAUCUAAAGCGGAAGCCAUUAUAGGGGAAACUCCUUUC